AGGCAGAGGUGGAAAACUCACACAUGCAACCCAACCUAAAAGAGAGACUUCAUUGUAUGCCAGUCAGUUAAAGAAGCCCGGUUUGAUUUCCUCUCAUUUGUUAAGGACAGGACUCCAAGGAUCUGUCUCCGUAUUUCACUAUGAAGGGAGCCAUCGUCCUUUUAAUCCUUUUUAUCAGUUUUAUGGAAGGUUUAGAACAAAACCCAAGAGCAAGGGAAAAGAUGAAUGGUAAAGAGAUUUAUUUUCAGACUAAAGUUAAAGAUGCCUGCACAAUGAGUAUAACUGGAAAUGGUGAAGCAAAGCUAAGAAUAGAAUGUAGGAAUCGAGGAAAGGCUUACUGGUGUGAAUAUACUGCAAAACCAUACCUUUGUCAUCCUUUUAAUAACAAUCCAAGGACUUACUGGAAUCAAAUUGCCAUGGAACUAAGGAAACGGAACAAUGCCUGCUACUCUAAUCUGGUUCUGAAGCCAAGAGUGUGUCAGAGGAUUUCUGAAGCUCACAUGAAGCAGGUGGGUUCCAGCAUAAGGGCAAAGACAAACCCUGUCCAACAAGUAGAUGCUGUCAACCAUGUAAAGAUGGUUCAGAAACCUCCCCUUUUUACAAAGCAUGUUAAAGAAAGCCAAGCAGCAAAGGGUUCCAUUAAAAAACCAGGGAAACCAAAACCAUCUUCUUUACCUGUGGUAACUACCAACAACUACCAACAAGGUCAAGUAUCUGGAAAUGAUUCUGAAGCCAUGAAGUUAGCACGCAAGCAUUGCUGGGAAUCCCUGCAUAACAUCUGUUCUUAUAUCAUCAGUAUUUUUAAAGGCUGAGGAAGAAAAGGGCAAAAGUCUUAACAGUUGAACAGUUCUCAUCAGUGUACAUUCUCACCUGGGUUUAUGUAUCUGCCAGCUUGGCCUUUCUUACUAUUUUUACACAGUAAUCCAAAAGAUUCUCAACCCUUGAAUCAGCAUAGCAAGUGAUAACAGCCAUAUGUUACGUCUGUCAUGAUAGUUUAACCACACUGUACUUGGAAUCAUAUUGUGCCAGCAUAUUGCCUGAAAAAGCAAAAUGAGUGUUAUUGCUUCCUUUUGUACAAUGAAUUAAAAUUAUGAAACAUGCAUUUGUGUUUCCUGAAAUUAUAUGUAAUAUAGGCCAACCAAAUUCCCAUUUCAGACGAAUUUGUUAGCAGAAGUGUUAAGCAAUAUCAGACAUGUAGUUUGUAACAGGCUGCAAAAAGAUGGAGGUCUGGU